CACGUCACGAACACGCCCCUCUUUCCCUCCCGCUGCCCUCAGGCGCUGCUGACGUCAUCACGAAGCGGACCGUCGCCGCGGCAACGGCGCACGCCGGAAGUGGUUCCGGCCGUAGCAACGGCGCAACCCGGAAGUGGCCGUCGCCCUAGCGACGGCGAGCUUCUCCUUUUUCCCCCUCCCAGUCAAUGCCUUCCGCUAAUUAUCGUCCCUCUUGCCGCGAAUGGUUGAGGCCUCUGGAGGGUCCCGUCCGCACUACGCAGCGAUAGCGGACCCAUCACAAUGUACGCCAGUUCGAAGAGAGUUACUGCAUUUGCACGAGUCAAGCCCACGGCCGAAUUUCCUCAAGACAUGAUCAAGUUUGGGGCGGAUAACAAGACCAUAGAUAUAUACAUUGAGAGAGACUACUCAAAAGGAAUUGUCAACAACAAGCAGACAGAUUGGUCUUUUAAGUUAGAUGGUGUUCUUCACGAUGCCACUCAGGAUGCAGUUUAUGAGGCAGUGGCACAACGUCUGGUCACUCAAGGCCUUAGUGGUUAUAAUGGUACUAUAAUAUGUUAUGGGCAAACCGGAGCUGGUAAGACUUUCACCAUGACAGGAACAACAGAAAACUACCUCAAUCGAGGGCUCAUCCCCCGAGCUAUACAACAGGUAUUCAAGUCAGUGGAAGAGCAUGGCAGUCAGUUCAUCACCGUUCGGAUUUCUUACCUGGAGAUCUACAACGAGACCAUCUUUGACCUUCUAUCCAUGAUGCCCUCGGGCGCAGCCAUUGACACACCACUGUCAGUUGUAGAGAGCCCACAGGGGGUCUCUGUGAAAGGGCUGACUAUACAUCCUGCACCAAAUGAAGAAACUGCUCUAAAUCUCUUGUUUGAGGGUGACACUAAUCGGUCUGUUGGCCAACAUGCCCUGAAUAAGCAUUCUUCCAGGUCCCACUGCAUCUUCACCAUUUAUAUUGAGUGUCAUUCCAGAAUCCUUGCAGAUGCCAGAUAUGUCACCUCCAAAAUUAACCUGGUUGAUCUGGCAGGCUCAGAGAGGCUGGCAAAGAGCAAGUCAGAAGGCCGUGGACUGAAGGAAGCCACUUACAUCAACAAGUCUCUGUCCUUCCUUGAACAAGUAAUCAUUGCAUUGUCUGAUCAAAACCGAGAACAUGUGCCCUUCCGCCAGAGCAAGCUCACCUACAUCCUGAAGGAUUCACUAGGAGGGAAUUGCAAUACGGUCCUAGUGGCUAAUAUCUGCAGCGAACCCAUUCACAUUGUGGAUACGCUCUCCACCCUUAGGUUUGCUACCAGAACAAAAUGGGUGACUACGGAGCCAGUUGUCAAUGAAAAGAUCGACUCAGAGCGAAUGGUGAAAAAUCUGGAAAAAGAAGUCCUUUACCUGAAGGAAGAGUUGGCUAUGCACAACAGUUUGCUUAACCGUCCCCCAGUGUCUUAUGAGCCCCUGAAUGAAAUCCAGAUAGCAGAGAUCAACUCUCAAGUUCGCCGGUACCUUGAAGGAACCAUAGAUGAAUUAGAUAUUGUGAGCAUCAGACAAACCCAUGAAGUAUUCAACCAAUUCAAAGCAAUUUUGAGCCAACAAGAGCAGGAAGUGGAAUCCAGAUUGCGGAGCAAAUACACCCUGAUAGACAAAAAUGACUUCGCAACCCUCACUGUUGUUCAAAAGGCAGGGCUGGUUGAUGCAGAAGGCCACCUGGUUGGGGAAGUCGAUGGACAAGGAUUUGGAAUUGGAGUGGCUCCUUUCUCCUCCAAGCCCGGAGGGAGGAGAACAAAAACAAAGAAGGGCAAAGAGUCAGCCAGCCCUGCAGUGAAGAAGGAGGGCCUGGCAAGUCCACAGUCUGGGAAAGACCUGGAGUCCGUCUCCUUGUCGCGCAGCCAGGUGGCGGCAACCGGCAAGGAGCUGGAAGUCAAGGAGACCCGGGAGCAGGACUCUGUCAGCGUUGAGACUCAUCGCUCAGACUCUGCGCCCAAAGAGGAAGUGCCCACCAGGCCCAGCUCCCCCCCUACGAAGACAGCUGCCUUUGAGGACUUCAAGAGCGAACGGGGAAGUGAGAUCAACCGCAUCUUUAAGGAGAACAAAAGCAUCCUGAAUGACCGCAGGAAGAAAAUGAAUGAGGUGGCCCACAGGGUUAACAUGCUGAAGCAGGAGAUGGACACCACCCGACAAGCCCUGGAGGCUCAGAAGCUGGAAAGGGAGCAGCAGGGAGAAUACUUGAACGAUGAAGGACAAAUCAUCAUUGACGAGGAGGAAUUCCUGUUGAUCAUAAAGUUGAAGGACCUGAGGAAGCAGUACCGGGUGGAUUACAACGAGUUGCAGAAACUCCGCUCUGAGGUCCAGUACUGCCAGCACCUAGUGGAUCAGUGCCGCAACAGAUUGCUGACAGAAUUUGACAUCUGGUACAACGAGUCCUUCCUGAUCCCGGAGGAGGUCCAGGAGGCGCUGAGGCCUGGAGGAACCAUCAGGCUUGGCAUGAUUCCCAUUAACAGGGUCCUGACCCUGGAUGAAGAUGAUCAGGAGAGGUUUGACCGGAUGCAACAGGAAGUCCUGCCUUUCUGCCCAGCUUCUGUCUCCUUCUACAAUGCUAAAGCAAAGGUGGACCGUAAGCACAAGUAUUCUCAAGCGAUGGCUACCCUUGAGCAAAUGAGGAAGAAACCUGGGUCGGUCCAAGCAGCCGUGAAGAACAAACCCCCCUCCGCCCUUGAUAUCAUGUAGCCAGAAUGCCAGCGGAUUCAGCUCUCAUUUCUUACAAGAGGAACUCGGGAAAGAGACCCUCAAGUGUACAAGCCAAAAAAAGUUUAAUUUCAGGACAGAAAGGCAGCAUAAUAAAACUGCAUUUCUCAAGUAUUAUCCAGAACAAGCUGGUAUGGAACCUCAUUCCAGCAACUGGUAUUAUUCACUGAGGUCAGUAUUUUGGUUAGGAAGAUCAAACAUAGGACUGCUGAAAGUGGAGAAAGGAAGACUUUGCGUACUUGAGUUUGGCUUCAAAUAAUAUAUGCAGAUUUAAUAAACACGAGGAAUGGUACUCUAACGACUGCCUAAUGUGUUCUCUUCACAGAAAGCUAGAGAGAGAAUGUAGGACUGGCUUCAGGACCUGGG